AUGGAAGAUUGUCUCCCCUCAAACUCUGUAGAUUCUUUUUCAGAGAAUGAGACCAGCAGCUCCAAAGUUACAGAAGAACCACCUGAUAUCAGAAAUCAGAGCAACAUCCCGCCUAAGACUAGAUCUCAUGUCAGUAAUGGGAAAUCCCCAAAUAAGUCAAAGCCCCCGAAGGGGAAAUCGGCCAAGAAGGCCAAAGCAAAGAUUUCAACCUCCUCUGUUGAAGACCCGUGGUUCCGCCGCUCUCAUUUACUGUUUGAGAACGAAGGCAGUUGUAAUAACUUUAGGGACUCUUCCCCUGGUAGAAUUUGGAUUAAAUGGGAUUCUUCAACGGUCUCUUUUAAUCUUAUCUUCUCUACUUCGCAAAUUAUACAUGGUAUCCUGUCUAUAGGAUCUUUCCCUCCCAUCUACAUCUCUGUGAUUUAUGCUUCGAAUAGCAUUGAUGAGCGUAAAGCCUUGUGGAACCUUUUAGCUGAUAACAUUCCUCCUCAAGACCAACCUUGGAUCAUUCUUGGAGACUUCAACUGUUAUAGAUUUGAAUCAGAAAAAGCGGGCGGUUCUUCCCCUCUCUCUAGCCGGCUUGGGGAACUUAACAAUAUGAUCUUCAACUGUGGUGUGCAAGAUCUUUCUUCCACGGGGCUUUUCUACACCUGGUUUAAUCAAAGGGCGGUUGACCCGAUACACAUUAAACUUGACAGAGUUUUGGUUAAUGCGGCUUUUCUUGAUUUCUUGCCAUCAGCCUAUUACAAAGUGGAACCUCCUUUGGGAUCAGAUCACUCUCCCUUAAUUUUGGUCCCGACCAAUGCCAAACCCAUCUCUACUCGGUUUAUGUUCAAAAACUUUUGGACUAAUAUGGAUGGCUUCUGGGAUGAUGUUCACAAUGCAUUUUCUUCUAGGACUGUCAGAAGUCCGUUAGCUUCCUUUUACCAUAGCUUACAUAGCCUCAAAGGGUCUCUCAAAAAUCGGAUUUGGGCUUCUUCCUCCUACCUCACUAACUCCAUCCAUGAGAUCAAGUAUAUGCAGAACCAAUGUUUAUUAGACCUUCAAUCUCAACCUCUCAACUUGGAGUUAAACUCCAAUUUGAAAUGUAUCAAUGAGAAACUUGCUUCUUUACAAGCUAAUUGGACUUCUUGGAUUACUCAAAAAGCAAAAGCCCUCUGGCUUACUCAUGGGGAGGAGGAUGUGGGUUUUCUUUAUGCCAAAAUCAGAAGCAGAAACAACAGGAAUAUUAUUAAGGAGAUUACUACUGGGGAUGGUCAUUUCUUUGAUUUCAAUGACAUUUCUAAGGCGGUGGUGAAUCAUUUUAAGAUGCUAUACAAUCCUAUAGCUCCUCCUCUCAUUUUACCUUUAGACCUUCCUACGGGUAACUUGGUCCCCUCUCAUUUUCAGAGUAUGUUGGUUGCUCCUAUCUCCUUUGAAGAGGUUAAAUCUGCUAUUUUUGAUGGUAAAGUCACUUCCACUCCUGGGCCGGAUGGUUUCUCUUAUGCUUUUUAUAGGAAGACUUGGCACAUCCUUGGUACUCAAGUUUUUGAUGCUGUUAACAGUUUUUUCACUUCUGGAUCUCUCCCUAAAGGUGUUAAGGCCACUGCAAUCACUCUGAUCCCCAAAUGCUCUCAUGCUUCUAACAUUAAUGAUUUCAGGCCCAUUUCGCUUUGUAAUAUUUUCUACAAAAUCAUUGCAAAAAUUAUUGCUGAAAGACUCAAGAAGGUGCUUCCUCACAUUAUACAUGAAAGUCAAUCUGAUUUUAUUGCUAACAGAUGUUCCACUGAUUACAUCAUCUUAGCAUCUAAAAUUCUAAGGGAUUUUAAAGGCUCUCAAAAAAGUUUCUGUGCUAAACUUGACAUCAAAAAAGCUUUUGACUCUGUCUCUAGAGAAUUUCUGAUUGCUAUACUUCUUCAAAAGGGAUUUCCGAGAAUUUUUGUCUCUUGGAUUAAAACCUGCAUUUCUGACGUUUAUUUUUCUGUUUGCCUUAAUGGGUCUCUGGAAGGAUUCUUCAAAUCCUCUUCUGGGCUUCGACAAGGAUCUUCUGACAGCUCUACUUUUAAAGGGGUCAAUAUUAAUCAUCUCAUGUAUGCGGAUGACCUCCUUGUUUUUGGAGAAGCUUCUCAUGCCAAUGCUGUCUGUCUUUCCAACUGCCUAAAUCUUUUUGGCUCUCUCUCUGGACUUCAUGUGAAUGCUGCCAAAAGCUCUAUUCUGUUCUCUAAUAAUGCACCCGAGAAGCUUGAUAUUUGUGGGGAACUUGGUAGACUUCAAUUCCUCAAAUUUACCAUUGCAAAUACUAUUGCUUAUUGGAUUAGAGGAUCCAUAAUACCUAAGUCUUGUUGUGCCUCCAUCAAUAAACUUUGUUCUAGAUUCUUAUUUCAUACUAAUAUCAUGGAAAGAAAGUUGCAUCUCAUUGCCUGGUCUAAAGUCACGUUGCCAAAACAGUAUGGAGGGCUUGGUCUCCCCUCCUUUGAGGCUCUUUACCAUGGGGUUUUUUGCUCCAUCAUUGGCAGGUUUUAUAAUUCUAAAAACCUCUUGUCCCACUGGUACAAAGCAAAGUUUGUCUCUCCUUGGAGGCCGGUUUCCCCUGGUGCAUCUAAUUUCUGGAAGAAAAUCUGUGCUACAGCAAUUUUGAUUAAAGAGAAUAUCUCCUUUUCUGUGUCUCCUGAUAGUGAGUUCUCUUUUCUGUGGGACCCGUGGCUCAAGGGAGAUAUUAUUGCUAACCAUUUUAUCUUUGUGGCUAGUGAUGAUUUCACUGUGAAACAAUUAUUCUCUAAUGGGACUUGGGAUCUUCCUACCUCUUUCCCAAAUUCGCUUACUGAGGCUAUUUCAAAUUCUACAAUCAAUGAAAGUUCUGGCAUCCUUUGGAAUGGUUCCCCUUCGUGGGCUUUUAAGUUCUUUAUUGAGCAAUUUCACUCCCAUUUACCAAAAGUUGACUGGUCUAUUUCAAUUUGGCACAAGAAGCAUUCUCUUAAAUUCGCUUGUUUUACUUGGAUGGCGGUGCUCGGAAAACUAAAAACUGCUGAUAAUUUGCUGAUUAGGGGCAUUGAGGUGCCCAUCAUUUGCUCUCUUUGCAAUGAUUUUGCUGAGAAUCACAAUCACCUCUUUUUUGCUUGUGAUUUCUCUUUUAACAUUCUCAAGUUCAUCUUACCUGAUGUAAAUUGUUUCUUGUUGAGGCCUACAUUAACUCAGGUUUUGGAAUUUUUUAACAAUUCCAACUGCUUUACUUGUUUGGAGAAGGAUCUUUGCUACUUAUCGGUUAGCUGUAUUCUGUAUCACCUUUGGCGUGAGAGAAAUGGCCGGCGUUUCUCUGCUAUGAGAACCAAUUCGAUGGAAAAACAAAGACAAUCUCCUCCAAAGAUUCACUGGCAUUUAGUUGUGUUUUUUAGAGGCUUAUGGUACUACAGGAUUGCUAUUUUGGAGGCUUAUAUUUCUAUUUUAUGCGGUGAUUCCUGGCAUACUGAUUUUUGGGAGUUCUGCUUGUGGCUCCGCUACUUUUUCAGACCUGGGAAGAUCAUUUUGGUGAUUGUGGCUGGCUUCUCUUCAGUCCAAUCCUGUUCCUUUUUAAAGAACAUUAUGCUCAUUUCUUGGGUAUACGGUUUUGUUGACUUCCAUCCUGAUGGCUGUUACCGGUGGAGGCAAUUCUACAAUCUGACAAUGAUGACUGGUUCAGAUCCUUCUUGUGCCAUGGAGGGCUGCUCCAGCAACCUGGCACAAAUCUUGUGCGCUUUUGACGUGCCUGGAGGCUCUGUGAUGGCUUUCGUUUUUGUUCUUGAUGGGCAACCGGAGCUUCCGCCGCCUUUUGGAUGCUUUAGACUGAAUCUUUAUGAUGUCUGGAUCUGA